UCAUCCUCUCUCCCCAGCAUCAGCAAACCGAUCGAUCAGUUGACCAGCUAGCCUUGCUAGCUAGCAAGCUAGCUAGAUAGCUGUCGUCUCGCUCGCUCUCUUGCCGGCGCCCGGCCGGCGAUAUGAUGCUGCGCACCUUCCAGUUCCUCUGCUCCGUCGCCGCCGCCUUCGCGCGCCUGGUCCGCGAGCUCCGCAAGGCCGUCGUCAUGGCUGCGUCGGCGCGCUCCCCGCUAUUGUCCGUAUCUCCUGCGGCGUUGGCGUCGACCGUUGGCCUCAUCGCCGCCACGCCCCUCGCGCUGCGGAGGAAGGCGGCGGUGGCCAUCCAGGAGCAGCUGCUGGUUGCACCGCCUCCCGCGGUUGUCCCGGCGAAGGCGUGCGAUGCCGGCAGUAGCGAUGUUGUAAACCAGCAGGCUGAGAACGACGUCAUGAAAAAAAAGGCGGCGUGGGCGGCGAGGAGGAGGCCGUCGAGGCUCCUCAUACCGGCGGCGGAUGACGCUGGCGAGGUGGCUGCUAGCUGGGGCGCGGCUGCGGGGCCGGAGAAGCAGGCCGAGAUGGAGGUGGAGGGGGAAGGGUUUUGGCUAGCGAGCAGGGCCGGACCGAGGCAUGCAAUGGAGGACGGCUACGCCGUGAUCACUGACCAAAAUGGUGGAGAUUCCCAACUGGCAUUCUACGGUGUGUACGACGGACACGGCGGCCGGGCGGCCGUGGACUUCGUCUCCGAGGGCCUCGGCCGGAACGUCGUCUCCGCGGUGCUCGCCGCUGCGGGAGCUGAGACGACGCGGGUAGAGGAGGAAGCAUCGCCGGAGGACGACGCCGUGUCGGCGGCGAUCAGAGGCGCCUACUUGAAGACCGACACCGAGCUCCUCACCCAACAGCAGGGUGCAAGCGGCGGUGCAUGCGCCGCGACGGCGUUGGUGAAGGGUGGCGACCUCUACGUGGCGCACCUGGGCGACUGCCGCGCGGUGCUGAGCCGCGGCGGCGCCGCGGCCGCGCUGACCGCGGACCACACCUGCGCGAGGGAGGACGAGAGGGCCCGCAUCGAGCGGGAGGGCGGCUACGUGAGCCGCAGCAGCAGCGGCGUGUGGCGGGUGCAUGGCAGCCUCGCCGUGUCGCGCGCGUUCGGCGACGGGGAGCUCAAGCGGUGGGUCGUUGCUGAGCCCGGGAUCACCAGGUUGCCCCUGAGGGCCGGCUGCGAGUUCCUCGUCAUCGCGUCCGACGGGCUCUGGGACAAGGUGAGCAACCAGGAGGCCGUGGAUGCCGUCGCCAGGAGCAGGAGCAGGGCGGCGUCGUGCAGGGAGCUGGUGGACAUGGCGCGGCGCAGGGGGAGCAGGGACGACGUCACCGUCAUGGUCGUCGACCUCGAGAGGUUCGUACGGUAGAAGUGACGAAGAUGGAGCUGAGGUACUGACUGAGCACUGACAGUAAGAGAUCGAGCUUUAAGCUUGGAGCAGAAAGUUAACUUGAAUUUUGAUUGGAGAGAGGUGGAAGUGGAAAAGCAGAAGAUGAACAGAAGACAGCUCACUACCAGAAAUGUGGAUUUCUCCGUGUGUCAGCACCAAA